AUGCCCCGACCGUCCACCGUUGUCCUCAUCCUGACGGCCCUGCUAUCCCUCGCUUCGGGCUCCUUCAGCACCGUGACGGACGACCACCUGCGUUCGAUACCGUCACCGAAUGAUGACUUCAACAUCAAAGAGGGCAAGCUCCUCGCCCCCAUCUUGAUUCCUCGGGUGCCUGGCACGGAUGGCUCGUACAAGGUCCAGAAGCACUUUGUCGACUUCUUCGAAAACGAAUUGCCAGAAUGGCGGCGCAUAUCGCAGAACUCGACCAGCAAGACACCCGUCACGGGCGACAGAGACGUACCCUUCACGAACUGGAUCUUCCAACGCGAUCCGCCGUGGGCUCGCGAGGGCGAUGUUGGCCGCCUCACGCUAGUCGCCCACUUUGACAGCCUGAUCAAGCCAGAGGGCUUCAUUGGAGCCAUUGACAGCGCGGCUCCCUGUGCCAUGCUCAUGCACGUGGCGCGCAGCAUCGACGACGCCCUGACUUCGAAAUGGAAAGAAAUGGAAGACUCGGGGGACGCUGGGCUCGAGGAGGCAAAGGGUAUACAGAUCAUCUUCCUGGACGGCGAGGAGGCAUUUGAACGCUGGUCGGACGAUGACUCCCUCUACGGCGCUAGGAGCCUGGCCGCCGAGUGGGAAAGGACGCCGCACGAAAGCAUGUCUACCUACAAGACACCCCUUGACAGCAUCAGCCUGUUCGUCUUGUUGGAUCUGCUAGGCGCGGAGGGGCCGACGGUCCCGAGCUACUUCCUGCCAACGCACUGGGCAUACCGAAACAUGGCCGAUCUCGAGAAACGCAUGCGCGACUUGAAGCUCCUGGAGAGCUCGCCGAAACAGCCCUUUUUGCCGGAUGGAGACAAGGAAGCUACCACUUUUGGGAGGGGCUUCAUCGGGGACGACCAUGUGCCUUUUAUGCAGCGCGGUGUUGAGAUCUUACAUCUCAUUCCCAGCCCUUUUCCGAGAGAUUUGUGGCACAAGAUGGAGGACGACGGCGAGCAUCUUGACUUGGGGACUUGUAGAGAUUGGAGUCGGAUCGUGACAGCAUUUACCAUGGAAUGGCUCGAAAUCGGGGACUAUAUGCCUAAGAAGGUUGCCCGUGAAGAGGGCAGCAAAUCUGGCGUGGAAAAGGGGAAAAGGACCGAGCUAUGA